AUGCCACAGGCUGAGGCCAAAGAGCCAGGGGUUCCUGAGCUCCGGGGCAUCCAGUCCCUGCUGAAAAACCUCUUGGAGUCAGGAAUGAAGGGGGCUCAUGGGCCUGCAAUGAGGCCAGGGGUGGGUGUGAGGGUUCUGUCUUUUCUUCUCUACAGCUCUUUAAAACUCAACCUCCUCUUAGCUCUGUCGCUGUCCAUGGUGCACAUGCUUUGGUGUUAUCCUGUCCUCUCUUCCAAGGUGCCUGGGAAGCCUGAUUACUUUCUCAUCUUGCUGAGCAGCUGCCCAGCCAGGCUGGAGGGGAGCGACGGGCUAGCUUUUCUAAAGCCAAUUUUGGAGAAGACGUCGAUGAAAAGGUCCUUUCGCAACGGAGUCGGCUCAGGGGUGAAAAAAACUUCAUUUCGAAGAGCAAAGCAAUGA